GAUGCCCAGCGGCGGGGAGCAGCCACAGCGAUGCCCGGCAGCAGCGGAGGAGGAGCGAAGGCCGCUGCUGGCGCGGGAUGGGGGUGCCCGGGGGCCCCGCGGGUGGCACCGCUUGGCCGGGACGGCGGUGCUGCUGGUGUCCCUGCUGGAGCGGGCCGCCUUCUUCGGCGUGGCGGCCAACCUCGUGCUCUACCUCAACAGCCAGGAUUUCAACUGGGCCGGCGAGCAGGCGUCCCGCGCGGCGCUCGUCUUCCUGGGCGCCUCGUACCUGCUGGCCCCCGUGGGGGGCUGGCUGGCCGACGUGUACCUGAGCCGCCACCGAGCCGUGGUCCUCAGCCUGCUGCUCUACCUGGCUGCCUCCGGGCUGCUGCUGGCCACCGCCAUCCCCGACGGCCGCCUGUCCUUCUGUGGUGAGAUGUCGUUGCUGCCCCUGGGGCCACCCUGCCCCUCGCCCGGCUGCCAGCGCGCCUGGCCCAGCCCCUACUGCGCACCCGUCCUGUACACAGGGCUGCUGCUGCUGGCGCUGGCCGCGAGCUCGGUCAGGAGCAACCUCACCUCUUUUGGGGCCGAUCAGGUGAUGGAUCUCGGCCGCGAUGCCACCCGUCGCUUCUUCAAUUGGUUCUAUUGGAGCAUCAACGUGGGCGCCGUCCUGUCCCUGCUGGUGGUGGCCUUCAUCCAGCAGAACAUCGACUUCCUGUUGGGUUACAGCAUCAUUGUGGGCUGUGUGGGCCUGGCCUUCUUCAUCUUCCUCCUUGCCACUCCUGUCUUCAUCACCAAGCCCCCCACGGGGAGCCAAGUGUCUUCAAUGCUUAAACUCGCUCUCCAGAGCUGCUGUCCCCGGCUAUGGCAAAGGCGAUCAGCAAGAGACCCUCCACGUGACCACCUGCUGCCUAACCACAGGUCUUGCCAGCCUGAUCCUUCCUUGCUGGAGGAUGUUGCCAACUUCCAGGUGCUGGUGAAGAUCUUGCCUGUCAUGGUGACCCUGGUGCCCUACUGGAUGGUGUACUUCCAGAUGCAGUCCACCUAUGUCCUGCAAGGUCUCCACCUUCACAUCCCCAACAUUUUCUCGGCCAGCCCUACAAACAAUUCUUCUGUUCCGGGAGCACAGAGCAGCAACUACAGGAUCCCUGAAGCCUGGCUCCUCCUGGCCAAUGUGGUGGUGUUGCUGGUCCUGGUCCCUGUGAAGGACCACUUUCUCGACCCUUUACUGCUGCGCUGCAAGCUGCUGCCCUCAGCCCUGCAGAAGAUGGCGGUGGGGAUGUUCUUCGGGUUUACCUCUGUCAUCGUGGCAGGAGUCUUGGAGAGGGAGCGCUUACGGUACAUUUCUGCCAACGAGACGGUGUCCCAGCUGAUCGGGAAGGACGUGUACUUCGCAGCACCCCUGUCUAUCUGGUGGCAGAUCCCCCAGUACCUGCUCAUUGGCAUCAGUGAGAUUUUCGCCAGCAUCCCAGGCCUGGAGUUCGCCUACUCAGAGGCGCCGCGCUCCAUGCAGGGCGCCAUCAUGGGCAUCUUCUUCUGCCUGGCGGGCGUGGGCUCCCUGCUGGGCUCCAGCUUGGUGGCUUUGCUGUCCUUGCCAGGAGGCUGGAUGCACUGCCCCAGCGACUUCGGGAACAUCAACAAUUGCCGGAUGGACAACUACUUCUUUCUGCUGGCCGGCAUGCAGGCCGGCACGGCCCUCCUGUUUGUCUGGAUUGCUCAUCGCUAUGAAAGGAUGCGACAGGGCACAGCUUCCCAGAACAGCUCCAGCAGAGACAGGGGCUGACCCACGGCCCCCCACCCCUGCCCUUGUCUCCACCCCGACAGACAGAACGGCAGAACAGUCAGUCCCAGCCCUGGUGACUUCCUUCUCUGUUUAUUUUGUACCCGACAUUAGGAUAGAGUGGUUCCCAUAAAUAAGAGAC